AUGACAAGCGCCCAAUGGUGGUGUAUAGUGGGCGUGGUUGUGCUGCCACUUCCUAGGACGCUGCAGUGAGUGAGCUAGGGGCACGGAGCCCGGCACACCUGAUACAGGAAGGUAUUAUAACCAACGUUGCCCUUCGUGCCCACCUCGAACAGGAACUUCCGUGUACUCGGAGCUUGUGCUCCUUUGGCAGCUCUUGGCGCUGCGGGCCCUACCUGCUGUUAGCCAUGGCCGCACAGGAGAGGCAGGUGCAUACAACAGGUGAAGACAGAAAGAAGGAGGCGGAGGGCCCUCAGCAUGGAGGAACCUUGGGCCUAGGACCGGGGGUACCUAUUCGCGGCAUCCGCAUGAAGUUCACCGUUCUGAGUGGUCUCCUUGAUGCAGGAGAAGUGAGCACCAGGGAUCUGGUUGACACCGUAUUUAACCUGCUUGUUGGAGGGCAGUUUGAUCUGGAGAUGAAUUUCAUCAUUCAAGAAGGAGAGAGCAUAAUAUGUAUGGUAGAACUGUUAGAUAAAUGUGAUGUCACCUGCCAAGCAGAAAUCUGGAGCAUAUUCACUGCAAUACUGAAGAAAAGCAUCCGCAAUUUACUUGUUUGUAAUGAAGUGAGUCUAGUUGAAGAAGUGCUGAAAAGAAUUGAUAAAGUUGACGGGAUGAUUGCAGAUCUUUUGGUGGACAUGUUAGGAGUUUUGGCUUCAUACAGUCUAACAGUCCGUGAGCUCAAGUUGUUUUUCAGCAAACUGCAAGGGGAAAAGGGACAAUGGAUCACCUGA